AGUAAUCUAGGAUCCAUAAUUCUAUUCCUACUUGAACUAGAAUAUCUCGGGUAAUCCUAAUCCUACUCGAUAAUUAGUCAACAAUCACCCCCCUAAUUUUCGAGUUGGAUUGCGGGUGAUCUUCAACUCCAAGCAUGUCUUCUUUAUCUUGAUUCUCCCGAGGCUCUUCAUGAUCCCUUGCAGUGUUCUUCGGGCUCCACUUAGCUUGAACAAACACUUGCUCCUUGCGAUCAUUACACGUCCUUCCUUGGGGUUACCAGUCAACAACCCCUACAAUUAGAAGAGAGGAAUGUUGUGUAUUCUGUCGGUAAUAUGUAUUCAGCCCUUAUAAUGCUCCAUGCCAUUGGAUGCAAAUGGAAAUGCUUGCUGCUGAGUAGUCAACAGCUAGGGGUUUUCAUCCGCUCAAUUGGAGGGAGCAAUGGAGUAAUCUGAUAUUUUACAGGUACAUCCGGUUGUACCAUAUAUUUCUCGGAUGGGGUGGUUGGAAUUUUCACCACCACGUAUGAAUCUAUAAAUAAGUACGGAGUAAUAGAAACCCCUAAGUCAGGAGUUUGGAGUUCAAAUUUUACAUGAGAGAGAUGGCGGGUUGCGAUUCGCAGAAACAACUGCUAACCCUAAUUCGGGACUUCGCAUCCGAAAAAUCUCAAGGAGAGAGGAGAAUCGCGAAUCUGAAGAACCGAAUCGGAGAGCUUCUAUCUGAGAUAGAUGCUGCUCAUGCGAACCUUGAAGAAGCUAAGCAGGUCAAGGAAUCAAUUGAACAAGAGCUAAAAGGAAAUGAAGUAGAAUUGGGCAUGAGCGGGGCUUCAAUUCAAACUCUCGAGAUACGGAUUGCUUCUACCCAAGAAGAGAUAUCAGCCAUUGGUUCUAGUCUAAACACUCUUAAGGAUGAAGAAAGCACAUCAAGAGAGGAUUUCAUAAAAAGGAUGGUUGAGCUCAACACAGAAAUUAGGAAAUUCUACGAGGCAAUAGGUUCAGCUUUCAGCAAGAGAAAAUCAAACUCUGAUUCAGAUAAGCCCAAUGAACUAGCCAAGAGGAAUCUUGAGGAUAAGCUUGCUCAUCUAGUUAGCCAGAUCACUAUGGAGGAAGAAGAUUAUCAAACAAUGAAGAAUGUGCAAAAGCAGGUCGAGGAAGAACAAAGUAUUGUGGCCAGGAGAGCAAAGUUGAUGGAGGCAGUAAUGAAGGAAAGCAUCAAGCGGCAGGAGUUGAAUAAAUAUCCUCCCUCCCUCUCUCUCUAUCUCUCUCACAUACAUGUAUAUAAUUAUUGCAAGAUAAUUGGGAGUUCUAUAUAAUGCAAAUGCUACACAAUUAGCUUGUGCAGUGGCUUGAGAAGAACUCUUGCAGUUAUUUUACUUAAUUUUUUCGCAUUGUCAGAUGCUCAAGAACUAUGUUUUACACUUGACUUGAAGCAAGAAGUCUAUAGUGUUGGAGAAUCAUUGUGCAUUCCUCGGUGAAGAGCUGCAAGGGAAAUUGGUGUGUCCGAAAUGUCACCAAGACAAUUCAAAACACUUGGCUGGCAUUCUUGGCCAGGUUAAUGGUUCAAACUAACUACUUGUAAUUGCAGACCAUUAAAAAGAUUUAAUGGUUCUGCUGAAACCUGGAGGUUUUGAUUUCCCUUUAAAGAUUGUACUAUACUACUAUGCCUAGUGGCUUUGAGGACGAAAUUGAAUGCCAAUACUUUUCUAUAAAUGAAUUACUCCCCU